CGGCCGUCUACGCUGCCCAGGGCAAUUACCAGGGAGCUCUCGACGAUGCUAACAAGGCCACCGAGAUCAAGCCGGAUUGGUCUAAGGGCUGGGGCCGUAAGGGAGCCGCUUACCGUGGUCUAGGAGACCUUUGUGAGUGAUAGGAUGGUUGACCAUUGAUACGACAAUCGGUUACUGACUGAAGACCAGUGGCUGCACACGAUGCCUACGAAGAGGCCCUCAAGCUGGAUGCCGGUAACGAGCAGGCCAAGACUGGUCUGAGCAAUGUGAAGAGAGCUAUUAACGCUGAAGCCCAGGCUGAUGGCGUUACUGGUGACCCUACAGGAGGUCUCGGUGGAAUUUUCAAUGACCCCCAGCUUUACCAGAAGUUGGCCAACAACCCCAAGACCUCGCCGCUCCUCGCAGACCACGAGUUCAUGGAAAAGCUCAAGCGUAUUCAACAGAACCCCAACAGCGUUGGAGAGGAGAUCAAGGACCCCCGUUUCCUGCAGGUUAUGAGUGUGCUUCUGGGAAUUGAUAUGAACUUCGGCGCCCCCGAGGGCUCCGCCGAUGAGCCUAUGCCCGACGCACGCCCUCCCCCUCAACCCAAGAAGGCGCCUGAGCCCCAGCCCCAGCCCGAGCCCGAGCCUGAAGAUGAGGAGACGAUUGCCAAGAAGAAGGCCCAAGAAGCUGGUGAUGCGGAGAAGAAGGUUGGCAAUGAGUUCUACAAGAAGAAGCAAUUCGAUGAAGCCGUUGAACACUACGAGAAGGCGUGGGAGUUGAACAAGGACGUCACCUACUUGAACAACAUUGGUGCCGCCAAGUUUGAGAAGGGUGACCUGCAGGGCGCCAUUGAGGUCUGCCAGAAGGCCGUUGAGGAGGGCCGUGAGGUCAGGGCAGACUUUAAGAUCAUUGCCAAGGCCUUUGCAAGAAUUGGUACCGCACACGAGAAGAUGGGUGAUCUCAAGCAGGCCAUCGAGUUUUACCACAAAUCGCUCACUGAGCACCGAACCCCUGAUGCUCUCACUAAGCUCCGAAAUGCGGAGAAGACUCUGGCCAAGGCCGAGAAGGAAUCCUACAUCAACCCUGAAGAGGCAGAGAAGGCUCGCGAGCUUGGUCAGAAGAAGUUCCAGGAGGGCGACUGGCCUGGUGCUGUCGAAGCAUUUACUGAGAUGACCAAGCGGGCUCCUCAAGAUCCCCGAGGAUUCUCUAACCGUGCCGCUGCUCUUGUCAAGCUCCUGGCAUUCCCCGGUGCUGUCCAGGAUUGCGACGAGGCAAUUAGCCGCGACCCCAAGUUCAUCCGCGCUUACAUGCGUAAGUCGCAGACUUUGGUGGCGAUGAAGGAGUACAACCGAGCUCUGGAUGUUUGCACAGAGGCCGCUGAGCAUGAUGACGGCAAGCAUGCACGUGAGAUUGAGCAGCAACAGCAGAAGUGCUUGGAAGCACAGUUCAGUGCUCGUGCUGGCGAGACUGAGCAGCAGACUGCGGAGAGAAUCCAAAACGACCCUGAGAUCAUGUCCAUCCUGCAGGAUCCUGUCAUGCAGACCAUUCUCCAGCAGGCCAAGAGCGACCCUGGCGCCCUGCAAGAGCACAUGCAAAACGUCCAGGUCCGGACGAAGAUCCAGAAGCUGAUGGCUGCUGGUGUCAUUCGCAUGGGACGGUAAAUGUAGAUGAUUCGAGUCCCGUCGAAAGAGGAUAUGAAUGCGACGAAUUUGAAGAUGAUACUAAUCAAGUUUCACAAAAAUGGCUAUUAAAGGUGGUUCAACGGAUGUUGGGUGCCUUUUAUGGGAGUGACGAUGCAUGUUCUUUGUGUUUCACUAGCUAUUUACGAUGAUUUCCCAAUACGAUUGUUUUCUCUAGUUCAACUAGCUGCAAC